AUGUUUGAAGAUUCGUCGGGACGUGGAUUUUGCGCAAAGAAAUACAUCAUUUCCGCAUAUAAAAAGAUAAUACAUGGAGGAAUUAUAUUUCCAAGACUGUUUCAAGAAAACGGUAUGUCAGAGUUUGGAGGUAUACCCCUUGGCGAGUUAACUCAUAAUUUUGUGACAUCAGCAUCAAGUGCUGCCAGCAACUUGAGAACGGUUUUUGAUGACUUACGUGCCAGAAUGGGUGAUACGUUGAGUAAACGUAUAAAUAUGAAUAAUAUUCCUGAAGAUUCUAUAUUAUAUCGUAUCAUGCAUACAUUGCCGAACAUUGCGCGUCCAGCACCGAUUGGUCCUAGCCGUAUAAUAUCGCCACGUCCUAUAGGCAAUAAUGGCAUUGAUGAUUAUAAAGGCAUUGGUGUUGCUUCCGCUGGAGCUGCAAGUUCUGCUGCAUCUAGAAAAUUAGCAAAAUACUCGUCUAUGUAUUAA